AGCGUCCCCCCUCCCGCCGGAAGCGCCUUGAUGGACAAGAGUUUAAGAAGCUGCUUGAGCCGCUGAGCUUGUCCAGCAAUGUUGUCCACAGAUCCUAUAGCAGAGGUAGAGGACCUGUAGAGGAUCUUUGACGUUGUCUACGUUUGUGGACGACAGGUUGCCACCCAACCGGAAGUGGUGCGGGCGGGCGGGGAUGUAGCUGUGAAGAGCAGGGUUUAGGAGCCGUUGCUGUGCACAGAGAGACGGGGACGUGAGCAGAGAUUGAGGGCGGCCAGGGUGCCGGUGAGCCCUCCCCCCCUCCCCAUCUGCUCGGUGUGCGGGGGGCUGAGCUUCGAUGGAGGACCACAUGACGGGGCACAACAAGGAGAAGCGUUAUGAGUGUGACGUGUGUGGCAAGGCCUGGCAGAGCCCGAGCGAGCUGGAGAUCCACCGGCGGGUGCACACGGGAGAACGCCCCUUCAACUGCUCGGAGUGUGGCAAGAGCUUCAUCAGCUACAAACCCUGCAUCGGCACAACCGCGUGCACUCCAGCGAGAGGCCCUUCACCUGCAACUACUGCGGCAUGAGCUUCAAGAUGGCGCAACACCUGAAGGGACACCGGCAGGUGCACACGGGCAAGAAGCCCUACGGCUGCUCCACCUGCGGCAAGAGCUUUGCCCGGUUGUCAGGGCUAAAGCGGCACCAGCUGGUGCACAGCAGUGAGCGGCCCUUCACCUGCUCUGACUGCGGCAAAGGCUUCAAGUCGUCGCUGAACCUGAAGGAGCACAGGCGCCUGCACACUGGGGAGCGGCCCUACAGCUGCAGCGAAUGUGGCAAGAGCUUCACCCACUCCUACAAACUGCUGGUGCACCAGCGCACCCACACCGGCAAGCACCCCUACACCUGCGCAGAGUGUGGCACGGCCUUCACCCGCUCCAUCUAUCUGCUGUCCCACCAGCGGGUGGACGCCGGCGACCGUCCUGCCCCCAGCCCGGUGUGUGGAGACUGCUUUUCCACGGCCUCCCACGAUCUGAUUCACCAGCGCGUGGACACCAGUGGCCCGCCCUACGACUGCCCGUACUGCGGUGAGCAGUUUGACAGCCCGCGGGGGUUGCGGCAACACCGGCGGACCCACGUCGGCGAGCAGCUGCUCCCACUGUGACAAGAGAGCACAGGAGCUGCAGGAGCAUCAGCGGCAACAUACUUUGUGUGCGCUGAGUGUGGCAAGGGUUUCACCCGCUUGUCCAGCUUUUGGCAGCACCGGCGUACCCACAGCGGUGAGCGUCCCUUCCCCUGCCCGUCCUGUGGUAAGGGCUUCACCCGCCUUGACCACCUGCUGGAGAGCGAGUCCACACCGGCCAGCGCCCCUUCACCUGCCCACUCUGUGGCAAGGCCUUUGCCCGCUCCUCCAGCCUGCUGGCACACCGCCACAUGCAUAGAUAGGUGCUGUUUCGGUUGACACAAAAUGCUGGAAGGAAUGGGUGACGUUUCGGGUAGUUUUUUCAGUCACCCAUUCCUUCUGUCCAGAGAUGCUGCCUGUCCCGCUGAGUUACUCCAGCGUUUUGUGUCCUUUUUUGUAAACCAGCAUCUGCAGUUCCUUGUUUUUAAACCAUUCUGGUUAACCAUCUCUGCACCUUCCCCAAAGCCUCCACAUCAGUCCUGUAAUGGAGUGACCAGAACUGUAUACAAUACUCCAAAUGCUACCUGACCAAUGUCCCUUAAAGCUGCACAUAUACAUCCCUCU